UCAUUUCUCAUUGUCACUUGUCGUUUUGAUAGCAUCCGAUGAAUGUACUGUUUAUAUUUAAAGACACAUUUCUAAUGGAGAUUUAGCAAUAUUUCUGAAGUGGGUGGAUGCUUACUCCGGCAUCGAUUUUGAAUCAGUAGCAAAGAUAACAGUGGAAUGAUGCGUGAGGGUGGGAAAUUGUGGAGCAACAGCUCGGAGGGUCACAGCAGUGAUCCUGAAGAGGAUGAUGAAGAGGAGAUGAUGUUUGGAGAGAAUGAUGAAGACUCGGAGGAGAUGAUGGACUUGAGUGAUCUGCCUACAGCUCUGUUUGCCUGCAGCGUGCAUGAGGCAGUGUUCGAGGAGGACAGACAGCGGGAGCGGUUUGAAGCUCUGUUCAGGAUCUACGAUGAUCAGACAUCGUUCCAGAUGUUUAAGAGUUUCAGGAGAGUUCGGAUCAGCUUCAGCACUCCAGAGGCCGCUGCACGUGCACGCAUCGAGCUCCACGAAUCCGAUUUCAAUGGCACUAAACUAAAACUCUACUUUGCACAGGUGCAGAAUUCAGGGGAGGAUGUGGACAAAACAUACCUGGCCCCGCCUCAACCCGUCAAGCAGUUCCUUAUCUCUCCACCUUCAUCACCGCCGGUGGGGUGGAGCCAGAGUGAGGAUGCCACACCUAUGAUCAACUAUGACCUGCUGUGUGCUGUUGCCAAACUAGGACCAGGUGAGAAGUAUGAGCUGCAUGCAGGUACAGAGUCUACUCCUAGUGUGGUGGUCCACGUGUGUGAGAGUGAAACUGAGGAAGAGGAGGAAGCACGGCCCAAAGCGAAGAUCAUUCAGACCAGACGCCCUGAUGGUUCCCCAAAGGUCUACAACUAAAUCCUUUGCUACAUUGCACACGUUCUGUCUCUCUCUCUCUGUCUCUUUCUCUCAUCCAGGGAAAGACAUGCUUUAUUUCAACAACAAAAAAAAGCAAAUCUAAGAAGUGGGCUGCAAUUGGUGGGGUACUCAGUGCACCGGAGACUGAUGGUGUUCUGAACUGAACUUGUGGAAUGAACACACUGUCUCACCGCUGCCUCACGGGACAGCCAGGGGGCGAUGAGUUUGCAACCCCACCCUCUCACAAUCAAAGCAAUUUUCAUUCCCUCAUUUAAAGUCUUUGUACUGUAGCAUUACAGAUCAGUAAUUGUAUUUAACAGUUGUAAAAGUGUGUUACAUGUAAACUUUGUUACUGUUUGUCAUCAAAGAAAAAUGUUUUAAAAAAAGAAAAUGGAACCAUUUAUUUUCUGCUUUCUGUUUCACUCUGAUGGCUGAGUUUAUCUCCAUAUCGGUCAGGUUGGCACACUGCAGAGGUGGCGCAGCUCGAUGGGAUUGUGACCCAUGUAUACUUGUGUCUGUUCGUACCACUUCGGUUGGGGAUAACAAGAUUUUCAAUGAAAAUGAUUGUUUAAGAGAAGAGGUCGAAGUUUGAAGUUUUUCAGUUUCAUGUUGGUGAUGAUGAGAGAUUUUAUGUGAGAGGGUGUUAAACAUGUUUGUUUGCUAAGUUAGAUGUGUAUUAUUCUUACCACAUACAUUUUUGCAUGCUAAUUGGUGUAUUUUAUACUCUGUGUUUAAGAUAAAAGUGACUUCUUUUGAGCAUAUCUGACUGCUGUCUUUCAGAAGAAUGAACUGUCAUUGCAAAGUGAAGACAACAGUUGUCAGGUGUGAUGUUUGACUAAGGUAUUUUGUACUUAUGUUAUGUUCACUCACAGACUGAUAGAAAGUAGUUGCAAAUGUAUUGAUAGUACAGAAAAAGCACACUGAGUUAGGUUUUAGUUUCACCUCAUCUCCAUUUGGAAACACUCAGCUUUAGCUUUUUCUGAUCUAAAACUCCCUAGCAAUGGACAUUACAGUUCUGUAAAAGUCAUAAAAAUGAAAGAAAAAAAUCUCAAAAGUCAUGGAAAUGAAAUGGAAAUUUCUAUAGUGAUUAUUAUAGAUUUUUUUGUUGUUGUUGUUGUUGUUGUUGUGCUCAGCUCUGAAAUAUUUAUUUGGCUAGAAAUUGCUUUUUUGUUAGUACAAUAUCUUUAAAAUUAUUUUUGAGAAUCCUUAUCCAGUAAUCAUAAAUGACUGUGAAAGUCAUGGAAAUUCAACAAUAUGGGAGCCUUGCACUAUAUAAAAUAUGUUUUGGGGGCUCUCUGUGCUACUUGCAUUGUUACCGUUAAAAAUGUUUGGUGUUUCUCAUCCCUGCAUAGAUUUCCUGAAUCUAGACUUUUAUCUCCCUAAGUUACAGGACUGUAUGCUCAUUGUAGACGGAAGCAGAGAAUUGUACACCCCAGCUUUAUUUAUGAUAGGUAUUUUCUAAAUUUCUGAUAUCAUUGAUUGUUCUGGGGUCUCUUGAAUCUUAUUUUGUUUGCUGUUAUAUUGGGUGUCAUAAGCUUAAGUAAAUCAGAUAUUGUCUAGUUUGGUUAACAAAAUAAAAGACCAUGCAACAAAUUCUGAAGACAUGUACGAAGCGAAGGUGUAAAGAGACUAAAUUAAUAGCGAAGUUACUUGGCCCAAAGGUCUUAGUACCACUGUGUGAAAGCUUGAUGACAUAUCAAUGUUCACUGUUACAGUAAGUCACGUUUUUUACAUUGACAGAACUUUGUGUGUAGCAAAUCCUCUUUUUCAGUUUAUUUUUUAAUCUAAAUAUUCACUGUGUUAAUUCAUACCAAAAUACAAAUAUUAAACGCCUCUUGAUGAAUAAGGUGGUUUUAAGCAAUAUGCUGUAACAGUUAAGGAGUGUAAUGGUGGUUAAAUUAGCCUUAAUAAAAGUCACAUUUUGGGGGAAAAGAAUAAUAGAAUCCUGUUAAACAUUGAGUAAUAUUCUGUGAUAUUUUAAAAUAAUAUCAUGCCUUGAUUUCACAUACAUAAAAAAGAGAAAGUAAUCAUGCAAACCAAUAACUAUGAUAAUCAUGUGGCAAAUGCUUCGCCCAAGUAAUGGGCUCCCACUGCUUACAUAAAUGACGAAGUACUCCUUUAGCAAAUAGCUUAAAAAUAAAUUCAUCACAUUAACAUUUUUGUAAUUCUGCAUUGAUGUGGAUUCCUGCAUGCUUUGAUGUUACUGCUGUUGUAUUUUCAUAGAUUCAGUCUUUUUACUUUUGUGUUGGGUGAACAAAGCACUUUCAGUUAUUGAUUACCAGCAUGAACAAAUGUUUUGGAUUGUAUGAAGGUUUGUGUGUGUGUGACUUUUAGCAUAUAUUUAAGAAAAAAAGUAUAUGAACACAUGAAGAAAAUUUGUACUGAUUUGUUAGAGAUCAGCCAAUCAGUGGCAGCAUAAUGUACUGAAUUGUUUUACCGUCUUUAAAAUGUGUUGUUAGUUGCUUCGUAUCACAUUGAAAACAAUCUCAGUCUGUUUUUUUUUCUAGAAUGUCUUCAGAUGGUCAUUUCUAUCACUGCUGUUGUUCCAUUUGGAAAUAGAUAUUGUCUUGAACUGUAGUUCAUAACCCAGUGAACGUGAAACAGUAAUUUAUGAUUAUAUGUCUUUGUCCCGUGUGGUAUGUAUUUAUUUGCAGAGGUGUUUCUCUGUUUGCUUGCUUAUGUUUGUGUAAAUAUGAUUGUUAUUCGUUUCAAACUGGCAUAUACUGUAUACUGUAUAUAUACAGUUUAAAGAAAUUAUU